AUGUUCGCUCAGCAGCAAACGCAACAACUCGUCGGUUCGGCGCGCACGGCUCGCGUCGUUUCGUCCAGAAGACGAACCACCACGGUCGUCUCCGCCAAGAAGACCACUACCACGACGAAAGUGGAAAAAGAACCGCUCGUCGUCCCGGACGUGGCAGAAAGACCGAUGAAAAUCGUCUUCGUCUCGACCGAGUGCGCGCCGUACUCGAAAACCGGCGGCUUGGGCGACGUCGUCGGCUCGUUACCGAUUGAAUUGGCCAAGAGAGGCCACAAGGUGAUGUCCAUCUCGCCGAGAUACGAUCAGUACGAAGGCGCGUGGGAUACCUCGGUGUCUACCACGGCUUUGGGGGAAACGGUUGGUUUCUUCCACGAGAAGAAGAAGGGCGUCGAUCGCGUCUUUGUCGAUCACCCGUUGUUUUUGGCCAAGGUUUGGGGCAAGACUGGCGACAAGUUGUACGGGAAAGCCUCUGGUGCGGACUACGCGGACAACGCGAAGAGAUUUGCUUUGUUUGCCAAGGCUGUUUUGGACGCGCCAACGAUGUUGCCGCUUGAAUACGGCGAGGACGUCGUUUUCGUCUGCAACGACUGGCACUCCUCGUUGGUGCCGGUGUUGUUGAAGCACGAGUGCAAGCCGAACGGCAAGUUCGUCGACGCCAAGAGCAUCAUGUGCGUCCACAACAUCGCGUUUCAAGGAAGAUUCUGGCCGCAACCGUUGGAAGAGUUGGGCAUUCCAGCCUCCGCGGCGGAUGACUUCUUCUUCGAAGACGGCAACGCGAAGAUUUACGACGAGACGAACCCGAUGAAACCGGGAGAGAAGGACGAAGCGCCGACUGGCCAAAUCUACCGCAAGAUGAACUGGUUGCAAGCCGGUUUCAAGAACGCGGAUAAGUGCGUCACGGUUUCCGUCAACUACGCCAAGGAGUUGGUCUCCGGCCCGGCCAAGGGUGUCGAGUUGAACAAGGUUUUGAGCGCCAUCGGUAUCGAAGGCAUCGUCAACGGCAUGGACCCGACGGAGUGGAACCCGGCCAAGGAUAAGUUCUUGGACUUCCCGUACGACAAAACGACCGUCAUUGAAGGUAAAGCCUGCGCCAAGCAAGCGUUGCAAGCCGAAGUUGGUUUACCGAUCGACCCGGAAGCUCCGUUGUUUGGUUACAUCGGUCGUUUGGAAGAACAAAAAGGUUGCGACAUCAUGUUUGAAGCCAUCCCGAAGUUGAUCGAACAAGUCCCGAACGCGCAAGUCGUCGUUUUGGGUACCGGUAAGAAGUCCAUGGAAAAGACGCUCGAACAGUUGGGUGAAACUUUACCGGCGACGAACUUUGCCGGCGUCUGCAAAUUCUCCGCGCCGACCGCGCACUUUAUCAACGCCGGCGCCGACUUCUUGAUGGUGCCGUCCAGAUUUGAACCGUGCGGUUUGAUCCAGCUCCACGCCAUGUCCUACGGCACGGUCCCGAUCGUCUCCACCACCGGUGGUUUGGUCGACACCGUCAAGGAAGGCGUCACUGGCUACCACAUGGGCGCCAUGGAUGCCGACAACUUGAUGCCGGAAGACGUCGAUGCGAUGGUUGAGACGUGCGUUGCCGCCGCCGCGGACUUUGGCACUCCAGCCUACGAAAAGAUGGUCAAGACGUGCAUCAAGCAAGACUUGACCUGGAAGGAACCGGCGAAGAAGUGGGAAGCCUUGUUAGAAGAACUCGCGUUUGGCACGGAAGAAUCCGCCAAAAAGGCUGAAGUUGUCGAGCCGGAGAAGCUCGCGACGGGCAUCGCCGCCGUCACUGCGUAA